UAUUUACGGUUUUCCCUCCUUAAUUUUUGCCGGUGACUGGAAAACGCAUUAAUAAAAAAAUCUGUGGGAAGAGACGGAAAUUCAGUGAGUCAGGCUGAGGCUGCUCCGGCCAAAAAGAAAAAAAAAAUGGCAAAACCCCACGUUAAACUAAACUGUGGGAUGACACACGGCGCUGGCUAAGACGGGCUGGGGUGCAAGGCAAGGGCUGCGCUGGACUGGCCGCCCCAGCGACAAACAAGAGCUGUGACAGAGGUACCCAUUGUUCUGCCCCUUCUUAUCUAAAUGGAGCAAAUAUCCUGUAUGUAAAAUAUAUAUAUUUUCAACAAGAAGGCAGGACCAGCGGAGAGACGAAAGUUUCCUCCUCGAGUGACUUCACUUCCCAAAAUUAGCAGAAAAAAACGUUUCAUCCGGUUAACUGUCUCUUUUUCGCUCUGCUGCAACAACCAAAGUUAAAAAAAGAGAGAGACAGAGAGAGAGGGAGGAAGGGAGGGAGAGAGGGGGAGAGGGGGUACGGAGAGAGCAGCAACACCGCUGGAAGGGCAGCGAGAAGAGCGAAAAGAGGGAGAAGGAUAAAAAACUUCAGGAGGCGUCGGUCGCAGGCUAAACCGGGUCAAUGUGUGGAAUAUUGCUGGUCCCGGCUGGAAGUUAUUCUAGAUGGACGGCACUAUUAAGGAGGCCCUGUCGGUGGUGAGCGACGACCAGUCCCUGUUCGACUCCUCGUACGGCGCUGCCCCCCAGCUCCCCAAGGCAGACAUGACGGCCUCAGGGAACCCCGACUACGGCCAACCCCACAAAAUCAACCCCCUGCCCCCCCAGCAGGAGUGGAUCAACCAGCCCGUCAGGGUCAGUGUCAAAAGGGAGUAUGACCACAUGAACGGAUCCAGGGAGUCCCCCGUGGACUGCAGUGUGAACAAAUGUGGCAAACUCGUGGGAGCAGGGACAGAGUCCAACCCCAUGAGCUACAGCACCUACAUGGACGAGAAGAACGGGCCUCCCCCCAACAUGACCACCAACGAGAGGAGAGUCAUCGUCCCAGCAGAUCCCACCCUCUGGACCCAGGACCACGUGCGCCAGUGGCUGGAAUGGGCUAUCAAGGAGUACGGGCUGAUGGAGAUCGACACCACCAUCUUCCAGAACAUGGAUGGCAAAGAGCUCUGCAAGAUGAACAAGGAUGACUUCCUCAGAACCACCUCCCUCUACAACACAGAAGUUCUGCUGUCUCACCUCAGUUACCUCAGGGAAAGUAGCUCACUGCUGGUCUACAACACUCCAUCCCACACAGAACCCUCCUCACGUCUUGCCACCAAAGAAGGCCCUCCUGUCGCAGGGACACAAAAUGUGAACAAGACAACAGAGCAGCAGCGGCCACAGCCAGAUCCCUAUCAAGUCCUGGGGCCCACCAGUAGCCGUCUUGCCAAUCCAGGCAGCGGGCAGAUCCAGCUGUGGCAGUUCCUCCUGGAGCUGCUGUCGGACAGCUCCAACGCCAGCUGCAUCACGUGGGAGGGCACCAACGGGGAGUUCAAGAUGACGGACCCCGACGAGGUGGCGCGGCGCUGGGGCGAGCGCAAGAGCAAGCCCAACAUGAACUACGACAAGCUGAGCCGGGCCCUGCGCUACUACUACGACAAGAACAUUAUGACCAAGGUGCACGGCAAGAGGUAUGCCUACAAAUUUGACUUUCACGGCAUCGCCCAGGCCCUCCAGCCUCACCCCACCGAGUCGUCCAUGUACAAGUACCCGUCGGAUCUCUCCUACAUGCCGUCGUACCACGCCCACCAGCAGAAGGUGAACUUUGUGCCCCCCCACCCUUCCUCCAUGCCUGUCACGUCAUCCAGCUUCUUCGGAGCGGCCUCCCCCUACUGGACCUCCCCUGCAGGAAGCAUUUACCCCAACCCCAACGUGCCCCGCCACCCCAACGCCCACGUAACGCCUCACUUGGGCAGCUAUUACUAAGUGCUUUUAGCUCCACGGGGCCUUCAGGAGUCUGGCUGGACUUUUUCUUUACUUCUGGGAUUUUUAUGGGGUUUUUUUUUUGGGGGGGAGACCCCGAAUGGAUAAUUGUGGCCUUUGCGGGGAAGAAUUAAAACUGGAUAUUGGUUAUUGCUGGACCAAACCUUUUACUUUUGUAACUUUGCCUCUUGUGUCUUGAACUGAGAGAGAUGGAGAGAUGGAGAGAUGCGUCUGUGGGCCAGUACUCUGCGUUUCCUUGGGGUUUGAUGCUUGUGUCCUCUGUAGGAAGUGGCGAUGAAGAUUGUUCACCCGUAACCUGGAACGAUUCUUAGAGAAAUGUUCAAGGAUUCAAAGGCUCUCGACAAGACACAGAUCCACCGGUGGGUCGUAGGAAAGGAUGACCACCUGGGGUUUUCUCUCACUGUGGAGCACGUAGGCAAUCUGACCAUUAAGUGGAGGACAUUGGGCUGCAGGGGACCACAACUGGAAUCUUAGCUUUAAGGCAGAUGAAGGAUUUUUUUUGUUUUUUUUUCACCCAACUGGAAAUUAAAUAUAUAUAUAUAUAUAUAUAUUCAUAUAUAUAUAUGUACGUGUAUAUUUUAAGAAGUAAAGGGCAUUGAAGGAACUUUUCUUGAGUGUACAACUCCAUUAGACUGUGCCUCAACUCCAGAAACACCAGAAACCAGAACAAAACGUGGCGUAGUGUCGAGCACAGGCACUCCUUGAAAGCAGAAUGAAGUGAAAUAAAUGACAGCAGGUCCCUGGGCAGUGCCAGAGCCCGAGGGGCCUCUCGAUGUAGCGAUUCGCGAACGCUGUGCGUUUGUCAGACCGUCAUCCCAAGGGUCAACAAAGCAAGGCGAAUUACUGUAUAAAUUAUGCAGAGUUAUUUUUCCCUAUAUCUCACAGUUUU